AUGGUUGACGAGUGCAGCCCAAGCUCUACCCGCCCUGCACGCCCGCUCCAUCUGACCGUUGACGUCUACGAGCAGCUCAAGGACAAGAUUACGCCCAACGGCUUCACUCUUGAGCGUGCCAUCCAGUCAGGCGUGGACAAUCCCGAUUCCGGCGUGGGCCUAUAUGCUGGUGACGAAGAGUGCUACUCGGUCUUCGGCCCGCUGUUCGACGCGGUUAUCGAGGACUAUCACGGCGGCUACAAGCCCUCAGACAAGCACGUGUCGGACCUUGACGCCGCCAAGCUCAAGGGCACCGUUGACCCCGAAGGCAAAUACGUGCUCUCGACUCGCAUCCGUGUGGGCCGCAACAUUCGUGGUCUCGGUCUCUCCCCUGGCUGUUCGCGUGCUCAGCGCCGUGAGGUCGAGUCACUCGUCACCAAGGGUCUCGCCAAUCUCAAGGGCGACCUGGCUGGCAAGUACUUCCCUCUCAACGGCAUGAGCGAGGCGGACCGCAAGCAGCUGGUGGCUGACCACUUCCUCUUCAAGAAGGGCGACCGCUUCCUGGAGUCGGCUGGUGCCAACCGCGACUGGCCAGAGGGCCGUGGCAUCUUCCACAACAACGAGAAGACCUUCCUCGUCUGGGUCAACGAGGAGGAUCAAAUGCGUAUCAUUUCCAUGCAAAGCGGCGGUGACGCCAAGCAGGUCUUUGAACGCCUGGUGCGCGGUAUCAGUGCCAUUGAGGAGCAAGUCAAGGCAGCGGGCCGUGAGUUUGCCCACAACGAUCAUCUCGGCUACAUCCAUAGCUGCCCCACCAACUGCGGUACUGGCAUGCGUGCCUCCGUGCACGUGCAGCUUCCCAAGGUCGGCGCCCACCCCAACUUUAAGAAGUGGUGCGCCAAGCUUCGCCUCCAGCCCCGUGGCAUUCACGGUGAGCACAGCGAGAGUGACGGCGGUGUUUACGAUCUCUCCAACAAGGAGCGUCUCGGCAAGUCGGAGGUGCAGCUCGUGCAGACCAUGAUCGAUGGUGUCAACACCUUGAUUGCUGCCGAGAAGGCCCUGGCCGAGGGCAAGCCUCUGCCUUCGGAGCUGCAGUAA